AUGGCAAUCAACAAGGAUAAUGAUAGAGUAUCAUAUUUGGUACAAAAAGCAGAGAUUUUGGCUGAAAUCGAGUUAUUUUACCUAUUACCAAAUCAAAGACGUUGGAAAUCAUGGUUUCCCGAAGUAAUGCAUUAUCAUGCUAAUGUUAAUAAGACUCGUGAAAAAGUCAAAGAAUUGAUAAGUAAAGGUGAAUUGAACAUUAAAGAAUUUCCAAAAUUGAAGGAAGAUUUAUUAAUUAAACUCAAUCUUCAACCUGUUGAUGAAGUUUCCUUGCGACGUUUAUUAGAGGAAAUACAAAAAAUGCAGUCAAAUCAAUAGUAUAUUAUAUAGUUUACAUAUUCUUUGAUUUAUUUAUUUAAGUUAGUUUUUAAUUUAUUUAUAAUUUGAUCACUGGAAUUAUAGAAUAUUAUCUUUAAGAUGGACCAGUUUGUAAUCAAUU